AUGGAUUCUCUCCCAAUGCGAUCGUGUGGUGGAAGGCGGAAACUUUACUACCACAUUCAGGUUUCUGGCAACGUUUCCAUAGAACCAGACAAUCCUGAAUUUCCGCCUGGGCCUUAUAAAUGCUACGUGGAGGUCGGCGUCGACACUGUUCGCAAGCGAACCCAAGUCUCCACCCCCGGAAAGUACGCCUGGAAUGAGUCAUUUGAAUUCUUAGUGAGGGAGGAUUGGUCCAUAUGCAUUGACUUGAUAGCAAAACACACUGUGUUAUCGUGCGGUAUGCUGAGUUGGCUGUCCAAGGACGUGCCGAUUGCAUCAUCUCGUGACCAUGUGCAGUUACCUACAUCAACAGAAACAAAAGUCGUCUCACAAAAUUUGAGACAUGUGCAUGUACGAGGGCGGGAUGGAGAACCUUCCAUAUACCAGGCUAGCGUGUCAUUGAAACUUCAGUUGGUAAACCCAGAUCCCAUCACUGACCCAUCAUCUUCGGUUCAUCUCGAAGAGUCAUUUAUCGAGGACGUCGGUGAGCUCAUUGCAGCACCAAAUCUCUCCAAUACAGAGCUUGGAGCAUUCAGCGAGGUGCUUCGACGUCCCAGCCUCGGUUUUGGCUGCCAUUCUUUUUCAGAUUGGUCAUCUUUUGUAGUCUCGCUUCACAGUUGUGAAGAUGAUAGCCUUGCCUCCCCCAACUCCCCACACGCCGAUCACGAUGAAGUAUUGGUGUCUCCUAUUUCCGAUUUGCCUCAAGGAGAUCGUUUCCCUCCGAGCCCUAGAGAGCUGGAUGACGCGGAACAAACUUCUGUCUUAGAAGCGACUCUUACAGAUCACACACAGAAGGGCGAUGUUAACGGUGGGGAACUGCCUGAAAUAGAUCAAUCGUCGCCCGCCGACACAGUAUAUUCAGGAACUUCUGUGGCGAACGAUACUGGACCUCAAAAAAGACACAAGUUAUCUAUGAAGGCAUUGAGCAUUCGCUCCAAUCGUAGUGCAUCGUUGAGCGGGAUGCGAGAUCGCCAUGCACUUUGGGGACGAAUCAGAUCACUAUUCAGCUCGCGCACACCCCAGAACGCCGAACGUAUCCGACCUAUAUUUUUACAUUCAAGUCAGAACUAAAUCAUAGUUCCACAUCCUCGACAUAUCUCUUUCAUUCUAAACAACCACCU